AACCCUAACUAAAAAUUCGAGCGUUCCGCGUUUAGAACUGGCCACGAAAAACAAUUUAACAUUGGAGUGGAGUGCGGGACGCAAGUAUGUGCGGAAGAAACUUGCCUGACAUGGAUGCAUGGAUCAAAAGUUCGCUGUAAAUAGAUUAGGCAGAGCGAUUUAUAAUGAAAACCAUAACGCCGGAUACGACGACGACGGCGUCGCAGCACCAACAACUUCUCAUUCCACAAGCGGAUCAGCAUCACCAGCCGAUGGUGCAGCAGCAGUCCUUGUUAGCCGCUCCACCGCAUCAGAUAAUAAUGGAGCAUGUGAAUCUGGUGGACGAUGACGAGAAGGAUCCACUGGCGCUGGAGGUGUCCCCCUCUACAAAGCACACGCACAGUUUAAGACGCCACCUGCCACGCAUCAUCGUGAAACCCAUACCACCUGAGAAAAAGCCGAUGGCGCCCAGUGAAGAGGUAGCCGUUAAUCCUGCUCCAGCUCCGCCCACGCGCCUCAUCUGCAGUCGACGCAUCCAGCAGCAGCAACAGGUCAAAGCGGCAGCAGCAGCGGCGGCGGCGGCAGCGGCAGCAGCUGCAGCGGCGGCAGCUUCAGCUCAAGCCCAAGCCUCCGCCAGCUAUCCAUCCGCCAUCUCACCUGGUAGCAAGGCCAGCUCCUCCCAAGCAUCGACCAUGCGGGAAGUCCUGGCCUCCAUACCCGGCUUUAGUGUUAAGCCCCGACGCAGGAGCAAUAAAAAGCUAACGACAGCGGCGCAAAUCGAGCAAACAAAAGACGGCAAGAUCGACCUGGAGACCCCCGAUUCCAUACUGGCCUCCACCAACCUUAGGGCGCUGCUGAACAAGCAAACGUUCUCGUUGCUGCCUCCGCUCUAUCAAUACAAUCUCAUACAGCUGCUGCCCAGCGUAGAUCGCGAGGCCAGCGAGCUGGAGCUACCCAGUGGUAGCGGUAGUGGAGGCGGCUCCUCGGAGGGUAUUCGGCUCAGUGCCUCCUGCCUGAACAACGAGUUCUUCGCCCGAGCCUGCCUAGAGUGGCGGGAGCGGUUAAGCGAAGGUGAGUUCACACCGGAGAAUCAGCUAAAGCUUAGAACGGAGGCAGAGCGAGAGAAGAACAAGCUGGAUCCCUGGAAGCUGAAGCACUUUGAGCCCUUUUGGGGCGAGAAGAACUCCAGGAGCAAGGAGAAUCCAGAAGGCAAUGCCAAGGAGCAGAAGCCUUUGGCAAGCAUGAAGAGUGAGCCUGAACCACCAGCGACAUCGCAAAAAAAACCACUGCAACAACAAGCAACAUGUGAUAAUGAGACUGAACUAAAAUUUGAUUUGAGCACAAAGUGCGAAACGACAGCAGCAACCACAAAAACUACAGUAGCAACAGCAGUAGCAGCUAAGACCAGCACGCCUUCUGGCUCCACCGGCAGCCAGAAUAAUGUGCUCAACGAACAGCAACGCCGCAUCCUCAAACGUCCAUCGAGCAGUCCUUCGCAACGCAAGCAGACGCCCACAACGAUAGCCACUAUUACCCUGGACGACGAUCCCGACGAGCUGCCAAGUACAUCGAAGGAUAGCAAACAACCGAAGAUGACCGAAAUUGUUCCUAAUGCUUCAGUGAAUGUUUUCGCUGUCCCAGAUGCAGAUGUGGUGGAUCAUGUCGCAGCGGAAACGAAAACCAAGGAGGAGCAGCAGAACCAACAUCAGCCACUUAUCAACAGUACCUGUGAUAAAAUUGAGCCAUCUGAGUGCAGUGAGGAGGUGAUUGUUGCCAUUAAGCUGGAGGCUGUAGAUAAAGUUAAGCCGCCAGCUGCUGCAAGUGUGAUGCCAGCGAUUGCUGCUGUAACCCCACCCACACCAAAGCCGGAAACUUUAGCAACCAAUCCGGAGGUGGUCAACCACUUUGUGAGCUACUUGCAAAGUGUUGAGUUAGCAGCUGAAACCAAAGCGCCUUUGGACAAUUCGAACGAGGCAGCCAAUAGCCAUGAUUUUGUAUUUGCGGAUACCAUCGAUCACGCCUAUUUUCAAGACCAUCAAUCAGCCAUCAAUCACAAUUACUUCACUUCAUCGUCAUCGUCCAACAUGACGACAACCGCAGCCAGCAAACUGGAAGAGCAAAAUGUUAAGCUGGAGGACUCACCGAUGCCCAUCACAAGCUCUGUAUCUGGAUCGACGCCAGCCAGUUCGAUAACAUCCACCAGCUGCACCUCCUCAUCCUCCUCCACCGCCUCUAUGUCGUCUUCGUGCUCCAGCAGUAAUUCCGGCUCGACGACAACCGCACCCACGACAUCGUCUUCGGCUGGGGCAGCCACAGCUCCAUUAACGCUGGCGCCAACAGCAGAAACCACUUUGACCAAUGUUCAAGCCAUGCUUUCAACAGUGGCCAAAUUACAGCAACAACAACAACAGCAGCAGCAGCAGGAGUUGCCCGAGGAGUUGAACUCCAAUGCGAUGGAGCAUGUUCAGCAUGAUUGGAACUUUGGUGACAUCAAGUUGAGCAGCUCCCAAUCAGUUGGGGACCAGCAACGAAAUUUAUGCCAUGAAGCUAUUGAUCUGAUGGAUGUGGUGCAGGAUGCCGACGUCAUUGACGAUAUUAUGGACAACGAUGUGUGCCAUGAAGUGCUCGACGACGAUGAGGAGGACGAGGAAGAGGAGGAAGACGACGAGGUUGUGGAGUGUAUAACCGAGGAGCAGCAAGAACAGCAGAUGAUGGAUGAGGAUAGUGCAGCAGUGCGCGAAAUAGUGGACAAGUUGCAGCAACAUCAGCAGCAGCAACAACAACAGCAGCAGCAACAUCAGCAAUUGCAUAUUCAGGAUGUGGUUCAACUGGCUCAGCACUCGUUCAUGCCGCAAGCUCACAGCGAAUAUGGAAAUGACAUCGCCCAGGAAAUGCUCUGUGACGCUGUGCCAAUGUCUGCGGCCGAAAUGGAGGUGUCCAGCACCGUAAUCACCAACAGCAGCAACAGUAACGACAGCAGCAACAAUCUAAGCCUUUGCAGCAGCAGCAACAGUCUCACCAUCAAUCAGCUUCCGCAGCAACCAGCACAACAGCAGCAGGCCCAGCAAAACUCACAGCCAGCUGCACCGCAACAACGACAGAUUCUGGUAGAUUCCAAUGGGCAGAUAAUUGGAAACUUUUUGCUUCAACAGCAGCGCCAGCAACAGCAACAGCAGCUUCUGCAACAAUUCACGCUACAGGCCGCUGCAGCUCAGCAGCAACAGCAACAACAGCAGCAGCAACAACAACAGCAACAGCAGGCUACGAGUAGCAAUGCUUUGGCUAAGACUUUACCAGUGGCUCUUCGCAACGGAACCCAACAAUUCUUAUCACCCAACUUGCUUGCCCAACAACAGCAGCAACAACAACAAUUGGAGCAGCAACAGCAGCAGGCUGUGGUACAACAGAAACAACAACAAAUUCAGCAGUUUGCCCUGCAACAGGCGCAACUUCAUCAGCGACAAAUGCUGGCCCAGGCGGCUAACAACAAUCUGAUACAGCAGCAGCAACAGCAGAACGUUGUGCCAACAACACAGGCCAAAUUCAUACCCAAGCCAUUGAAUAUCAUCUCGAUGACGCGACCUGCCAAUGCAUCGCCUACCACAGCAGCAACAACAGCAAACACCGUAACUAUUCCGUCCGCCUACGCCAAUGUUGUUGCUGUGACAGCCGCGCAACAGCAGCAAUCGACGCCAGUACCUGCCCCGCAACAACAACAGCAGCAGCAAACAGGCCAGCAGCAACAGCCGCAGCAGCAGCUAGCCAAUCACAACAGCAAUAUGCAGCAGCUGCCUACGAUUCCCAAUGUGCUGACGAUGAAAACCCUGCCGUCUUCGGGGGUGCCAUCCACCAUUGCCCAGCAAAGACUGCAGCCGAAAAUGCCAACUGGCAAGGGUCGCAAGGCAACCAGCAACAGGUUGCCACCGGGCGCCGUCAACCUGGAGCGAAGCUAUCAAAUCUGCCAGGCGGUUAUACAAAACAGUCCGAAUCGCGAGAACCUUAAGGCCCAGUUGCGCCCUCCGGCCGCGAUACUCAACCAGCAUCAGCAACCGACGGCGACCACGGCGGCCACACCUGCGAACUCCGUGACCCUGAAUGUCUCAACGGUGGCGGCCACACCCAUGUCCAACAUGACAACGGCCAGCGGGAGUGUGGCAGCGGCAGUGUCCUCAGCUCCAACGCAAAAUAUUUUAAAGCAAGAAGAGCUCCUGGUCAGUGGGGCAGUUGGUUCCGGAGCUCUGCCGGCUGGAUUGCCGCCGAAUGUGAUGGGUGUCGGACGUCCGGGAGUGUAUAAGGUCAUUGGUCCCCGAAUGAGUGGCUUUCCGCGGAAGAAAUAUGUGCAAAGGAAGCCCUCACCCACCACGCUCAUCCGUCAUGUGUUUAGUCCCGGUCCUGGUGGAGCUACGGCGACCCCUCAACAACUGCAGUUGCUGCAGCAGCAUCAUCAAUCGACGACAUCGCCAGUGCCUGUGCAAAGUCCGCAGCAGGCGGGACCGGAGCAAUUGAUUCACCAAAACGGCGGGCAGUAUGUGCUUGUCCACCGGGCCAAUGUGGGAGCAGCUGAUAACCAAGCGCCCAGGGCAUCCAGUGCCCCACCUCUGCAUCAAAAUCAGUUUGUUACGGUGCAGAAUCCGCUGCACAGCCUCAACGGCAUUCCCAUGGGAGGACGCGGGCGUCCAGCAUCGGUGGAUACAACUGCAGGCAGCGGCAACGUAAUGGCGCCAACAAUUUCCGCCACAGAUGCGUUGCAUCAUCACCACCACGAACUGCAGCAACAACAGCAGCAGCAACAGCAUCAGCAGCCACAGCCGCUGGGCAAUGUGGGCGCCGCCGCGAAUAUUGUGCGGCGCAAUAUCGCUGCAGGACCCAACAUCGCAUACAUAGAUGGCAGCAACUCCAACUCACCGGCCGUGGCGCUAAUGGAGGCUGGAAACAACUACAUCGUGACCACCAACACAGCACCCACGGCAGCUCCUUCGCCCAUCAACCAGCAGCAAUCCGCGCCGCAACAUCAGCAUCCACUGCUGCAAAUGCAUCAGAGCGGGGAGAACACUCCGCCGGGAAAUGAAGCUACACCCACGCCAAACAAUUGCGCCUGUUCACUGAACGCCAUGGUGAUUUGCCAGCAGUGCGGAGCCUUCUGCCACGACGACUGCAUCGGUGCGGCCAAGCUCUGCGUCGCCUGCGUGAUCAGAUGAGGUGGAUAACGUAUUGUAGUUAUUUAGAGACCCGUAUGUUUAGUCGACCCCAGUAGAGAGAUACCGAAUGUUUAAUUUGGGAACUAUAGCAAUCAAAGAGCGAAGGCGAAAACCAAUUGUACAACAAACCAGACAAAAGAACGCAAGUGCAGAGGCUUACGCACAGACGCAGCAGUGGCAACCAUACAUAUUUGUAUAUUAUAAUUCAUUUGCAAUUCAUGUAAACUAAGCAAACUGGCAAUUCGUAACACUUUUUGUAUAAAGAUAGGGAAAAGAAGUUGAGCCUAAAA